AUGGCUUCUCCUCCUCCUCUCUCUCUGCUUCUGCUUCUUCUUUCUCUGCUCUCCAAACCCCCCUCCGCUUUCCUCCAUUAUCACCAUUCCGCAACUCUCUCUUUCCCCUUCUCCGCUAAGCCCACCUGGCUCAGGCUCAGGCUCUCCAACAAGGGUACUCCGAAAUAUUCAACUGUGGCCAAAGGCCAAUUGAAUGAGGUUGCUGUUGCGGGAUCAUCAAAUGUUCCAGUCACAUCUUCAACUGAAUCAGAAGUGCCAGGAGCAGAAGCAAAAGAUGCUAAGCCAUCAAAAGAGCCUUCUCCAGCAACUUUGGCUACAGAGGAAUCGAUUUCAGAGUUUAUCAAUCAAGUUUCAAGUCUUGUUAAGCUUGUUGAUUCAAGAGAUAUAGUGGAAUUGCAAUUGAAACAGCUCGACUGUGAACUAAUUAUCCGGAAAAAAGAGGCCUUGCUGCAACCUCCAUCACCUGCUCCCACUGUUAUGAUGCAUGCACCCACUCCACCACCUGUUAUGCCAACGGGCCCACCUGCACCUGCCCCUACACCUUCUGCAUCUGCUCCAUCUCCGACUCCAUCCUCAUCACCUGCUCCUGCUGCCAAAUCGGCUAAGUCUUCACUCCCAUCUCUUAAAUGUCCAAUGGCAGGUACAUUCUACCGGAGUCCGGCACCUGGUGAACCACCAUUUGUAAAGGUUGGAGACAAAGUACAGAAGGGACAGGUCUUAUGCAUCAUCGAGGCCAUGAAGUUGAUGAAUGAAAUAGAAGCUGAUCAAUCGGGAACCAUAGUUGAGGUCGUUGCAGAAGACGGAAAGUCAGUCAGCAUUGAUACACCUCUGUUCGUGAUUGAACCCUAGAGUUAUCAAGUAGGCAAGUAAAUGAAUCGAGUAAAGACUAGAGGACAUGCUCAGUUUCCGGUAAUGCUUGUCAGUCACGGCGUUGUUUUAUUAUGAUAGAAUGUUUUGUUUUGAUGAGUUGAUAUGUAGAGUGAGAAUGAAUGUUUUUUUUUUUUUUUUUUUCGGGAGUAUCUUUAGAACAAUCUGAUAAACUUAAAAUAUAUUUUAAAUGUAGAUGAGGUUUGAUUAUGAUGUUCAGAAAACUUGCCAAUGUUGUUCAUCCUU